AAAAUGUACAGACUGUGGAAUACAAUUGCUCCUAGAACAACAUUUUUAAAAGGCAGAAAAUUUUCAUCUAAUAUCAUUGAAAUAUCAGAAGAGGUAAGAGAAGCAUUGCAUUAUGGGAAGCCAGUUGUUGCUUUGGAGUCGACCAUCAUCACUCAUGGCAUGCCCCAUCCCCAGAAUCUUCAAACUGCAUUAUCUGUGGAGAAAAUUGUCAGGGAGAAUGGGGCAACUCCAGCCACUAUAGGAAUACUGGGAGGCAAAGUCCGAGUGGGCUUGUCAACCAUGGAGACCGAGUAUUUAGCUGAUCCUGCUACAUCGGCCAUCAAGACGUCACGAAGGGACUUUCCAGGGGUGAUCAGCUUGAAACUGAAUGGCGGCACCACUGUUAGUGGUACAAUGGUAGUGGCAGAAAUGGUAGGCAUCCAGAUCUUUGUGACUGGCGGUAUAGGAGGGGUUCACCAUGGGGUACAGGAAACUAUGGAUAUCAGUGCAGAUCUAACAGAACUAGGCAGAACUCCUAUCACUGUUAUAUCUUCAGGGAUAAAGUCUAUCUUAGACAUUGGCAAAUCACUGGAAUACCUGGAGACAGAGGGGGUUGCUGUGGCAACAUACAGCUCUUCAAGAGAAUUCCCGGCAUUUUUCACACCACAUAGUGGUUUCCAAGUGCCGUACAAUCUCACUAACCCAACCCAGGCUGCACACUUUAUAGAGGCUCACAUGGAUAUGCACCUUAAGUCAGGGAUCCUGAUUGGUGUGCCCAUUCCUGAAUCUGAUGCCACCUCAGGGGAGAUAAUUCAGCUAGCUAUAGACUCCGCUGUAUUACAAGCAAAAAAAGAGAAGAUAUCAGGGAAAGAUGUGACUCCCUUUAUCUUGGAGAAGGUGAACGAAUUGACAGGAGGGGCAUCUCUAGAAGCCAAUAUGAACCUCAUCCAGAACAAUGCCCGAGUGGGCAGCCAGAUAGCAUAUAAAUUAUCUAAACUCAUCAAAUCCAAGAGAGGAAGACCAAACCCUGCCCGAGUGACAAAACACACAGAAAAAACAGAGAAAACAGAUGUGGUGGUGAUUGGUGGAUCUAUUGUUGAUUUUUAUGCAAGAGUCAACUCAGACAAUUUCCAGAGUAAUGGUGCAACCUAUCCAGGAGGAGUGGAUCAAUCAUUUGGAGGGGUGGGAAGAAAUCUGGCAGAUGGAUUGACUCGUCUUGGUGUUAAUACAUUGUUCAUUUCUGCUAUUGGAAAAGAUUCACACAGAGCUGGAUUUAAAUCCUAUUGUAGUCACAUGAACCUGGAAGCUGUGCUUGAAUUGGAAGGUCAGAGAACUGCCACCUAUUGUGCUGUAUUGCAGAAAGGGGGACAACUCCUGUUUGGAAUUGGUGACAUGGAUAUUCACCGCCAGAUAACUCCAGAAUAUAUAGAGAAGUACAGGGACAUUAUAGAGGAGUCCAGGAUGGUGUGUAUUGAUGGCAAUGUGACAGUGGAAGCAUUACGCUGGGCCCUUCAGAUCACACAGGCAAAAAACAUACCAGUUUGUUUUGAACCCACAGACAUACACAAAGCUAGUAAACCAUUCCAGGUCAACAUCAGGAAAGCUAUUACCAUGGCAACACCCAAUCUGAAUGAACUCAGAACCAUGUAUAAAUUCUUGACGGGAAGUUUAGAUACUGCUUAUGGCUGUACCAGUUCAGAUAAUGAACCAUUGAACAGUGUGCUGAUGGAAAGUGUCCUGUUAUCCAAAGUAAUUGCCUUACACAUUCCUACUGUGAUAGUCACACUAGGGAAGCACGGCAUGGCCCUGUGUCAGAGACACAAGACAAAGAAACCAGACCAAAGCAUCAUACUGAAAGAUGGAAGCUAUUUGACUGUUGACUGGUAUUCAGCAGUGCCAAAGGGACAGGAACCAGACAAAAUUGUCAGUGUAUCAGGGGCUGGAGACUGCUUGGUUUCAGCCAUUGUAUCUGGAAUCGUAAGAAGUCGCGACCUUGACCUCUCCAUAAAACAAGGACUCCGAGCAGCUCAACUGUCUCUUCAAUCCCAUCAUGCAGUACCGGCUUCCCUCUCACAAAAACAGAUAGAAUUAACAGACGAUGUGUGGAAACAGUUAACCUGUACCAGAAUAACUGAAGCAUGACCAAGUAAAAGGAUAUGAGGACCAUAGUGAUAAAAUGGCUUCUAUUUUCUCACUUAAAUGUUAAAAUGAAAGGCAGAUUCAAUUUCUGUGUCCGUUAUUGUACUUUGUAUGAUAAGGCUAAUACAAGCUUCAAAAGCUACAUUUUAAUGCCCCCGUUACCCUGUCAUUCCUUCAUUAUCUCGGCAACAGUUGAACACACUCAAUUUGAUAUAUGGAUACGACAUAGGAAUAUGUAGGUCAGUUUCGAAUUUGGUCAUGGUCUGAUGAUUUUUGACAGAGUUAUCCCUCUUGAACUUAGCAUUGACUUUCCGUUCAUUAUCUUGGCAACAGUUGCACACACUCAAAUUUGACAUAUGGAUACGUCAUAGGGAACGCAGGUCAAAUUCGAAUUUGGACAUGGUCGGAUGAUUUUUGACGGAGUUAUCCCUCUAGAACUUAGAAAAAAAUAAGAAAUUUUCAGUUUCCACUAACUUUCAUAGGGAUGUAUGUAUAAGGUUGAAAUUGCAUAUGCAGGUAUUUUACCAGAAAAUACAGGUCAAGUUUGAGUUUGGUCUUGGUUCAAUGAUUUUUGACAGAGUUAUCCCUCUUGAACUUAGAAAAUAAAUAAGAAAUUUUCAGUUUUCGCUCUCUUACUUUUGUACAGAUGGAUGUAUAAGGUUGAAAUUGCAUAUAAAUGUAUUUUACCAGAAAAUACCAGUCAAGUUUGAAUUUAGUCGUGGUGUGAUGAUUUUUGAUCCCUCUUGAACUUAGAAAAAAAAUCUUGCAUGCAAACAAAUUUAAAACUAAAUAUGGCAUUAGGAAUUUUGGCUGCCUGCAGGGGCUUUCGUGGAGUUACGACACAUCUAGUCUCUACAAAAUAUCAUUAACAGAUAUGAUUUAUCUCAUGUCAAAGAAAUCCAAAAAACACUAAUACUUGAAUUUUACGUUACCAUACAGAUGUGUCCUAUUGUUGCUUGU